CAAGACGCGAUCGCAGUGAAAUUGAAGUCAUUCUAACCAAAACUGGCGAGAUGGACGGACGAUCAUUUCUUCGCGGAGAAAGCCAGGCAAUCCGCUGUGAAGGUGGAGAGUGUUUGACGUUGGACGCAGUCCUGAACAAAGCUCUGUCAGACAAUCCAAAACUAGCUAUGCGCGAAGCAUUGCGUGACAGCGGACAGGCCAUCACCUUUGCCGAGCUGAACACUAAAGCAACGGAACUGGCAGAGCGAUUGGCGCGUAUUAUUGAAUUACUGCCGCAGCCGGAUGGUGACAAGAUCGUGGCGGUCAACCUGUUUCCUGAUAUCGAGCUAAUUGUUAGUUUGUUGGCCAUUUUCAAAAUUGGCGCCGCUUACCUGCCGCUCGACCCGACAUUCCCAGCUGAUAGAGUCUCCCAUAUCCUUCGAGAUGCCCAACCUAUUUUACUGCUCACCGCCGGAUCCAUUCUGCGAGCAACGGCUUUUGCUUCCGUCGUUGUUGGGCUCAACAUGCCCGUCUUUGAUCUCGAAAACAAGGAGAGCAGUGAAGCAUAUAUCGUAUUCAACGCAGAGACAAGAGGAAAUGAAACUGCUCCACGAGUACGAAAUGUUUUGGCAGCUGUGCUUUACACUUCGGGAUCGACGGGAGUUCCCAAAGGCGUCCGUCUGGAGCACGCAACAAUACUCCACCGACUCAAUUGGCAGUGGCGCACUUUUCCUUUCCAUUCCACAGAGGUGGGCUGUUUCAAAACGGCUCUUACGUUCGUUGACUCCAUCGCUGAAAUUUGGGCUCCCUUAUUGAUCGGGCAACCAGUUGAGGUCGUGUCCAAGCCCGUCAUUCAGGACGCACAGCGUUUCAUCGAUCUCCUGGAUCAAUGCAAAAUAACGCGCCUCGUCUUAGUCCCAUCGCUUCUCAAAGCGAUGCUAACCCUUUUGAAAUCUCGUACCCGAACGACGGACUUGUCUUUGCCACUUACCGAUAAUGGAUAUUAUCCUCUUCAACAUCUCAAGACGUGGGUUUGUUCAGGAGAAAUUCUCACUGGCGAGCUACUUCUCGAAUUCUACGAUUGUUUUCCGGCCGGCACAGUUAUUUCCAAUUAUUACGGCAGCACUGAAUUAAUGGGUGACGUCACCUAUGCCACUUUCAGAUCCCGCGAAGAUGUGCUAGCCUCUUUGAUUGAGGAAAAGAUUCCUAUUGGUAAACCCAUGGAUAACUGUGCCAUAUACCUGUUGGACGCCUCAAAAGAGCUUGUAGAUGACGGCGAAAUUGGAGAGCUCUACGUUGCUGGAAGUCACCUGUGUUCGGGUUACGUCAGAAACCGGGAAAUGGAACGUUUCGUGAAAAAUCAAGUUGACAGCACUCCAGGUUACGACGUAAUGUUUCGAACGGGUGACUACGGCAAGAUCAUCAAUGGCCAACUUUACUAUUUCGGGCGCGCUGAUUCGCAAGUCAAAAUCCGAGGCCACCGUGUUGAUCUGAGUGAAAUUAAUGCUGCCAUUGAAGGUAGCAAACUGGUCUCGACGUGUGUUGUUCUUAGUUACAAACCUGGAGAACCUGAGCAGGAAAUCGUGGCUUUUGUGAUACCCAUCCAAAAAGGAACCACCGUUGAAACAAUCAAAGAGCGAGUGAAAGACAAGCUUUUAUCUUAUAUGAUGCCAAAGCUUGUGGUAAUCGACGAGAUACCAUUGCUCGUCAACGGUAAAGUCGAUCGUCAGAAACUCAUGCACAUCUACGCUGAUCAACUCCACAAACAAAAUGGCAGAACUAAUAAUUUAAAAAUAUGGGAGGGAAAUGAAUUCAGUCGCGAAGAGAGAGCCCUUUUGAAGACAGUCCAUUCGAUAGUCGGCAGUUCAUUUGGUAGACUUGUUCAACUUUCGGACAAUUUUUUCGAAAUUGGAGGCAAUUCCCUCAAUGCUGUCAAUGUGGUCACCAAGCUAAAAGAUCAAGGCUUUCACAUAGAUUUAACCGAAUUCCUAGCAGCCUCUCAGCUAAAAGAGCUAGUUCCAGAACUUUCGCAACGACAUCUGAUAACAAAAACACACACAUGUCAUCGACUUUCUGGUUACAUAGUGGAAACGCUCGAUACGUCAGUCAAGGAAGAAGUUAUCAGGUACUUACCGAUUGUCAGCCGUUGCUUCUCGGAGAAAUCAGAGCUUGAUCUGUUGAUUGGCGUCACUCGCCAGGACCACGAAAUCUUCAUGGAAGAGCUCUGGGAGCCGUUGGUAGCAGCUGGGUUGAGCUUUGCCAUCAAAGAUAAUAGUGGAAACAUCGUAGCCGUGACACUCAAUUUCGAUCUUUUUGACGAACCAGUUGUCGAACUAAAAACUAGCCGUUUGGCAUAUAUUCUUGAAUUUCUCGAGUCUAUCGAGGGUCCGGUUAUAGCGAAACACUUUGAAAAGCGAAAAAACUUGUUGAUUCAUAGCUUUAUGAUGGCAACGGCAGAGACAAUCACUCCAGUAGAGAAUGUUUAUCUCAUCCAGAAGAUGGAAGAAGAAAUCCUUUCACUGGCCAAACGGAAAGGCUUCGCGGGUGUUUUCACAACCAAUGCCAACGAACUCACUAGGCAAAUCUGCAUCGACCUACUAGACUAUACCGUCCUGUUUGAAUGCCAAGUGAAUCAGUUUGUUGCAUCUGAUGGAACAAGACCCUUCUUGCACGCCCCUGAUACCCUAGAUACAAUUGUUACCGUUAAAUACGUCAGUUAAGCUUUCUAAUGAAGACACCUAUAAUUUUUUUUAA